AUGCCCACCUCCAAAUCGAAAUCAACUCCCCUCACAUCCCCCGCAACACCAAUAGCCCUCCAACCCCACCACCUCCUCUCCCCGCCCGCAGACCUUCUAACCAACACCGCAACAACCCUAAAAAUAACACCAACCCAAGACACCAAAUCCCCCUCCCCGACCUUCACAGUCCACCGCAUCCGCGCACACGAGGACCCCGACAGCCCACACCGCAAUGUUCUCCUCUACACCGUGCACGGGAAACCAUGGCCGAACACGAGCCGCGUAAUCUGCGACGCGGACGGUGUACCGGUGCUCGUAUUGCGACGGGUUUGGUUGUCGCGGAAGUGGACAGUUAAACUUCCUGAGCAGCAUCAUGAUCUAUUGGUUGCUUCUGUGCCGUCGGCUGACGAUGGACCUGGGUCUAGGCUUGGGGUAGGGGGUGGUGGGUUUAGGCUUGAAGUGCGGUUUGCGAAUGCGCUUGCUGGUAGGGAGGGGGCCGGGGUUGUUGGAGGGGGAGGGGGAGUGGGAGUGGGGGCUAAUUUGUCUGGUUCUGUUGCAGACGAGCCGCCGCCUUAUAGUGCUGUUUCUGGAGUUGGAGUUGGAGAAACAAGUGGAAGUGGUCGUUGUGAGGGGAAUGCGGGGAUGAUACAGAUGAACGAGAAAGUACAUCCACCACCCCCCAGUUCACAUUCACAGACUCCAAUAGCAUCAACACCGAGGCAUACAGAGCAUCCCCAGUCUCCCUCUAUUCUUCCCUCCUACGACUCCGUCCGUCGAGACUCACCUAAUUCGCUGCGUGAUCUGCUCGAUGCCCUCGAGCCGCGGCAGGAGCCGGCGCCGGCUACACCAUUUCCCGCAUCUGCAUCGCAGAAUGUCCAUGCCAGUACCAGUACAAGUACCAAUCUCGGUCUUGCUGAUGCAGAGGCCGAUGCAACCCCCGGCUCAAAAGUCGAGUUGCGGGUGAUGCAGGUAACUACGUUGGGUACGGGUGUGAUGAUGGGUAGCCAGAAGAUUAUGGAUAUCACGCGACAUAAUGCGAUGGAUUACAGUAAAUCCAAAGUGAGGUUACGGCCGAGGUGGGAGGUUGAGGUUUCCGAGGGUGUUGAUUUAUUACUGGCAGUGAAUAUUGCGUUGAUUAUGGCUGAGUCUGUUUCGACUCUAAGUAGGUGGAAGUAA